AGUGUUGGUUCUACAAUGUCUAGACUCUUACGAAACAAAUCUGUCGUAGGCUUUUCUUUACGACCCCAGAAAUUGACAGCUGAUACGGUGUCACUGAUAUCCUACCCCGGUGAGCUGUUCAUGAGGACGCUUAAACUCUUGGUUUUGCCGUUCGUUGUGUCUUGUAUAAUCAGCGGCACGGCAUCACUGAACGUCCAAAAAAAUGGGAAAAUCGCCAUCCGAACUCUGGCGUAUUUCUUCUCGACCUCGCUUCUCAACGUGGUACUCGGGACGUCGUUGGCUCUCCUCAUGCAACCGGGCACCGCGAGUUACAAAUCAUCUGAACAUAAACCGCCGAGUCACAGGCCUCAAAUUUCGGUGCAGGAUGGAUUCUUGGACAUUGGACGGAAUCUGCUGCCAGAUAAUCUAUUUAGAGCAACUUUGGAAACAGUAAGUUAUGGUCAUUCUCCUCAAAUACUUCAUUGCGGUGUUAUCCUAAAAUCAUGA